UCAAUGACAGUAACUCGGAAUUUCUCAGUUGGGGCUUGGAACACGAAUUUGAGUUUAGAGGCUCCCGACUCGCAAACCGACGGAUACAUAUAAUUUCUCGCGGCAUCUUUCACUUUACAACUUCACAGACUCUUCAAUUCAAACCCAGGAAGCCCCCAAAAAUGGCGAGCGACAGGGAUUCGAGGAGAGAAAAACACGAGAGAGAAGACAGAGGCGUCGUCGUUGAACGACACGACGACAAAAAAUCCAAACGAAACGCAGAGGAAUCCGGCGACAAUACCGAAUCAACCAUGGAUUCCGAAGGUCAGCAACCUAUGAAGAAGCACAGUAGCAAGAGGAGCAAGCGAAGUUCGUCAUCUUCGAGAAGUCGGAGAAGACGAUACAGCUCUGAUUCUGAAUCGGAUUCGGAUACUGAGUCGGACUCGUCUUCUGAGUCGGGUUCCGAGAGUAGUGAAAGCGAAAGUGAGGAGGAGAGGAGGAGGAGGAGGAGGAAGAGGAGAGAGAGGAAGAGGAGAGAGGAGAAGGUGAAGGAGAGGAAAAUGAGGAGGAGAGAGAAAGAGAAGAAGAAGAGGAAAAGAGGGGAGGAUGAUGAUGACUAUGAUAAGAGGAAGAAAAAGAAGAAGGAUAAGAGCAAGAAGAAGGAGAAGGGGAAGACUGGAGCUGUUACUAGUUCUUGGGGAAAGUAUGGGAUUGUUAGAGAAGUUGAUAUGUGGAACAAACGACCAGAAUUCACAGCAUGGUUAUCUGAAGUGAAGCAGGUGAAUCUUGAAAGCCUACCUAACUGGGAAGAGAAGAAAAUGUUUAAGGAAUACAUGGAGGACUACAAUACGGGUACCUUCCCUUCCAAAAAGUACUAUGACCUUGAUGUUUAUCACCGAAAUAAAAUUGAAAAAGUGAUGAAAAAGGGUUUCAAAAAGGUCGUGGAAACAGAGCGCACUGUAUUUAAUGAUGAAGAACAGCGUCGGCAAGAAAUGAUGCAAGUACGUGAGAAACAAAAGGAACAAGAAGUGGAGGCAUUGAAGGAUGCCAUGAAGAGUGGCAUGGCACAAGCAAUGAAAGACCAAGCUCGGAUGAAGGAGGAAAUGACUUAUUUGUUUAAAAUCGGAAACGUUGAGGCGGCAACUGCUAUCCAAAAAAAAUUGGACCCUGACGUUCUCAUGUGAAAAAGGAAUGCAAUCAGCAAAAUCUUGCAGAAGCUUCUUAACUGGCAGGUGUGAUGCAGGUUUUAGCAUAAGUAAUUCGAGAGGUCUAUUUGGGCUCCAGCUGCAGGCAAGAAAAUAAUAGAUUGUACCAGUCCUAUGUGAGGAUGCCUUUCUGUUUUUUGGGGGUGUAUUUGUUGUCAUGUGGUAACGUAUAUUUGAAAAUAAGAUGGAGACAUUUGCUUGUGUUGAGCUAAUUGAGUGUGACAUGAGUCUAAAAAUUGUGAGGCGGGUAUUUCUUUAUUUUUGUAGCUGUGCAGACAGAUAACAUUUUCAAGCAUAUCGUACUUCCAUAAUGUCUUCUUCCGA